GCGACUGCGCAUGCGUGGGGGGCGGGGCCACGCCCCUCGCCGUGACGGAGGCGGGAGGGGCGCGGCUUGCGGCGGCGACAAGAUGGCGCUGCUGCAGCUGCUGCUGCGGGCGGCGAGCGGCGGCCUGAGGGGGCCGGGGCGGCCGCAGUGGGCGCGGGCCCCCUGCAGCACCCAGGCAGCACCCAAGGAACCCCCCAAGGAGCCCCCCACCCCCCCAUCCCGCUACCAGGAGCGGCCCUGGGAGUACCUGGAGAGCGAAGAGUACCGCGCCACCUACGGCGACAAACCCGUCUGGCUGGGCUACCGCCGCAACCACAAGGGCGCCAUCCCGCCCCAGCGCACCCGCAAGGCCUGUCUGCGCAAGGGGAAGCCGGUGGGGAACCCCUGCCCCAUCUGCCGCGACCGCAACCUCCACGUGGAUUUUCGGAAUGUGAAGCUCCUGGACCAGUUCAUCUGCCCCCACUCGGGCGUCAUCUUCCACCCCACGCACACAGGGGUCUGCAUGAAGCAGCACAAGCUCCUGACCAAGGCCAUCGCGCAGGCGCAGGACCACGGUCUCCUAUGGCUACAAGUUCCCUACGUCCCAGCCCCCCAGGGCGACUUCUCCAACCAACACCCGGCUGUCAGCAGGACCCCGCCAGCGCCUGCCCUGGCCCCUGGCCGCCAUUGGUACCCUUGGUACGAGUGGCAGCCUCCUCCCGCCGCCGCUGUCGCCCGCGUCCGCCGCCUCUACAAGGAUUACCUGAAGGAAAAAGAAGCCCCGCCGGCGGUGGGGGUGGCCCCCGACACCCCUCCAGCCCCCUCCGUGGAACAGAGCAAAGAAUAAAAUGUCUAAAACCUCCCCAAAA